AUGAAACUUUCGCCUGUCCUGGAAUUGGAUUCAGUAGCUGCAUCUCAACUGGACCAAAAUUCCAACGCUCCACUCGUUCUGAAGAACGACUCUGACAUUGCGACCGCUGUGAACAAGGGUUCAGAUAACGUUUCUCAUAUCGAAGAUGACACCGACAGUGCGGCAGGACUGGAUGAUGAUACUGAUGCUGUGCCAGUGCUGGAAGAUGGUACCGACACAGAGCCUUUACGGGAAAAUGCCACAGAAGUGCAGGAUUUGGAAACGAGUAUCAGCGGUGGUUACAUUCUCGAAGAUGGGGCCAAUGUUGCCUACCAUCUGGAAGCGAAUUCUAACGCUGUGCCGGUUCCGGAAAAUAAUUUAAGUACAGCAUCUAUUCUCUCGGAAGAUUCAGGUACUGUGGCUACAAGGGAGACAGACGAAUGUGAGGGUAGCAACAUGUUGGAACAAUCAUAUCAGAGUGAACGAAGAAGUUCAAGUGGCAGUGUUAUUCUUAGAGAUUCAGGUUAUGGAACUUUGUUUGAGACGGGAGAAUACAGUGGAGGCGUUUGGAGAGAGAGAUACGAACAUACGCACAAAAUAUUAGCAGACGACGCUAUUGACAGAGGAUGUCCAGAUCAACUGAUCAAAGCUCUGCGCGCUUUGGGGUUCACCAACCGCGAUCUGCCUCUGGAAUCGGCACCGCCACUUCAUUUCGCAGCAGCCGCAAGACACUUAAGAGCGCUCGACUACUUACUCAGCCUGAACUACGACGUGGAUGCGUGUGACGACCAGCAGAACACUGCCCUUCACGUUGCAGCCAGCAAGGGUUCUGAGGAAGUGGUGAGGAAGCUGGUCAGUGCAGGAGCUUCUGUAGCGGCGGUGAAUGCAGACGGAACAUCGGUGGCGCACUGGGCUGCCCGCUUUGAUAACGCUGACCUACUUCCAGUGCUGAAGGAUCUGGGUGCCAGCGUCAACACUGCAGACGUCGCAGGCAACACGCCGCUCCACGUGGCAGCCCAGACGCUGGCGUACAGGUCUCUAACCAGGCUGCUGCACUUGGGCGCCGAUGUAUCCGUCCCCAACCGCAGUGGCAACACCCCACUGCAUGUGGCCGCCACGAAUGACUUCUCAAAUGCCGUCCUGGCGUUGGUGGUGUCAAAUGCGGACACGAGUUUGCGCAACACUGGGGGCAGGACACCUUUACACGAGGCGGUUUUCUGCGGCAGUAUAGAAUCGCUGGAAGUGAUGCUGACAGCCCAGAUGGAUAAGGAGUGUUGCGAUAAUCUGCAGCAGACGCCUCUGCUUACGGCUUGCCGUAGGCGCCAAGUUCCGGCCGUGAGGCUUCUGUUAAACUACGGCGCAAAUGUACGUCACGUGGACAGUUCACUGAACACUGCUUUGCACCUGGCAGCUCAAGCCGGCGACGGGAACAUCACGCAGACCUUGAUCAGUUACGGUGCUGAAGUCAAUGCUGCCAAUGCUGAGGGGUUAACGCCGUUGCACUAUGCAGCGUUCGGUAAUAAAGAAGAUGCUCUGUUUCCUCUUCUCCUAACACCGGGUCUGAACGUGGACGCUGUGGACCAGAAAGGCAACACUGCCCUUCACCUGGCGGCGUACAAGGGCUCAGAGACGGCUGUGAGUUACCUUGCGCUAUCCAGCGCCACGCUGUUACCAAACAACAAAGGGAAAACACCAGUGGACAUGGCAAGAGAGCGGGGGCAUAUGCGGGUAGCAGCCUGGCUUAGGCGCAACGCUGUCCCCGACGGCAUCUGA